GCCAGGGAAAGAAUAAAAUUCAUGAACCAAGGCUGCUGCUUCACAGGAGACGGGGAGACACGAUGAAUCUCCUACCAAACUUUUCUUUUGCCACUUGGCUGCUCCUCCUGGUUUUCCUUAGCCUUCUGGUCCUCUAUGGGAUAUGGCCCUUCCAGACUUUCAAGAAGUUGGGCAUUCCUGGGCCUCGGCCUCUGCCAUUUUUGGGAACUUUCUUGGAGUAUCGGCAAGGAAUCAUGAAUUUCGAUCAGAAGUGCUUUGAAAAAUAUGGUAAAAUCUGGGGGAUUUUUGAUGGCAGGCAGCCUCUGCUGGCCGUUUUGGACCCCAUCCUCAUUAAAAACAUCCUGGUGAAAGAGUGCUAUACCGUUUUUACCAACCGGCGGAAAUUAGGUCUGAAUGGGAGCCUGGAAUCAUCCCUCUUUAUGGCUGAAGAUGAGACGUGGAAAAGAAUUCGCACUGUCCUCUCUCCAACCUUCACCAGCGGGAAGCUGAAGGAGAUGUUCCCUAUCAUUAGUCAUUAUGGUGAAAAAUUAGUGAAAACCAUCGAGAAGAAAGUGGCUAAUGAGGAGUUCGUGACCAUGAAGGAUGUUUUUGGAGCCUACAGCAUGGAUGUGGUGACCAGCACUUCUUUCAGUGUGAAUAUUGACUCCAUGAGCAAUCCCAGUGACCCCUUUGUCACCAACGUUAAGAAAUUUCUCAAACUCAGUCUCCUAAGCCCUGUGUUUAUAUUCUUAGUGUUGUUCCCCUUCCUUAUCCCCUUGCUGGACAAGAUGAAUGUGACUGUGUUACCGUCAGAUGUCAUGGAUUUCUUCAAGGAUGUCUUCACAAAAAUGAAGAAGGAACGGGAGAAGGGCAGCAGCACAGACCGGGUUGAUUUCCUGCAACUCAUGAUUGACUCACAGAGCUCCAAGUCCACUGAGACCAACUCAUACAAAUCAUUAAGUGAUGAGGAGAUUCUGGCCCAAGCUCUUAUCUUUGUCUUUGCUGGCUAUGAGACCAGCAGUUCCACCCUCAGCUACUUAUCAUAUAACUUGGCCACCCACCCCGACGUGCAGCAGAAACUCCAGGACGAGAUCGAUGCAUACCUGGCCAACAAGGCUACUCCCACAUACAAUGCCAUCAUGCAGAUGGAGUACCUCGAUAUGGUGGUGAACGAAUCCCUCCGACUCUACCCUCCUGUGGGUCGGCUUGAGAGGGUUUGCAAGAAGACAGUGGAGCUCAAUGGUGUGACUAUUCCAAAGGGGAUGCCUAUCAUUAUCCCAACCUACGUGCUGCAUCGUGACCCGGGGUGCUGGCCAGAACCGGAGGAGUUCAGGCCUGAGAGGUUCAGUAAAGAGAACAAAGAGUCUUUUGACCCCUACACCUUUCUGCCGUUUGGGGCUGGUCCCAGGAACUGCAUAGGAAUGAGGUUUGCUCUCCUCAUCGUGAAAGUGGCUGUGGUCGUCCUGUUGCAAAACUUCUCAUUCAGAACCUGCAAAGAUACUCCGAUCCCUCUGGUUCUGGACACGAAGAGUUUCAUGCAACCGAAGAAGCCCAUUGUCCUGAAGGUGGUCCCCAGAGCCCAUGCUAAUCUGGAGAAGUGAAGGAAGUGGGAACAGAUGGGAGACUCUUGUUUGAUGGUGCCUCCUCUAACUCUUGAGAAGAGAUCCAGACUGAUGUGUGUGCUGCAGGACUGUCAGUGGUGCAAACCCCCAUUUCACAACAGGGCUUUGGGGUUUGGCCCAGCAUAAUCACAUGAGCAUUAUCCUAAUGACAACUAGCCCCAGAUCCCGCUGUCCCAGAUCACAAUAGGCAUUUUGCAAGAUCAUUUGCACUCAAGUUAUUUGAGGUUUUUUUCCUCUUCCUCUGAAGAGGCACUUUUCUAAGCAAUUUGAUUCCAGACACUGUCAGUCUCUUCUGGCAGUGUAAUUUAAAUCAAGACAGGGAGAGCAAAUUGCACAUAGUUAAGUAAUGCUACCAUUGCUCCUGUUCCUACUGCCUGCUGGGUGACUCUGUAUGUCUUCUGGUUUUAUUCUCUUGGGAAUGCAGAGUUGUCCGGGGCUGUUUCGUUGGGUGUGUGCUAUGACCCUGACAAGUGUUAAAGUGGUCACAUCCUUGCAGGAAUGAACACCCCUGCAGCAAAUUUUCUGAUACUGAUUUAUUUAGAUCUUCUUACCAUUUUAGAUGGCUUUUGCGUGAUUCAGAUUGCAGAUGAGUUAACUGGAGGAGCCCAGAGACAAGCAGUUACCUCUAAUGACUGGAGAUCUGCAGAGUGAGAGAGAAGUGCCCUGCAUGUGUUUCCUGAUUGUUUGCUUAUUUUACUGCAGGCGUGCAGCCAUCUCCCGUAGAAGGGAUAGUAAACACAGGUACCAUCUAUAGAGCCAUCGUGACACCUUUUAGUCUCUGCUUUAUACUAGGCCAUUGUAAGAAAUGAAUAAUGAUGCAGGGUACAGCGCUGCACCCUUCCUAUGUCCUGGAGAACUGUAGUCUGGAAGAAAGAUGUUGCCUUUCGCUAUUGAAUGCUGGAAAGUCUUGUUAGACUUUGUCAUUUUUGUAGAUUCUAGCAGACCUGUAUGCUCACAUUUCAUAUUAUGCCUCCAGAAACUGCUACAGGAGGGCUAACUGCAAUAAAUAGCUCACUUGACUCUUCUGUAAUCUACUGACAUCAGUUCCUGACUCUGUU